GUGGGCGUGUCUGUGUGACAGGUUCAGUUUCCUCUUCACCGCUUUUAGAUUUCUCAGCCUUGUCUGUUCUGCUGAAGUAUCAUUUUCUCUCUAAAUCUCACACAAAAGCCGCAAUGAGUGUCUGCAGCUCCACACUUAGUGGCCCAGAGGACAUGGACGAGUUGGAGUCGGUUAGUUGGUACCAUUAUGAUUUGUCUCGACAUGCAGCUGAGGCUCUACUCUUGUCAAAUGGGGUUGAUGGGAGCUUUCUGCUCAGAAAUAGCAACAAGGGACAUGAAUGCUUUGCCCUCUCUGUCAGGGCAAAGGACUCUGUGAAGCACUUCCACGUGCAGCGGCAGUCUGGGAGAUAUUCUUUUGGAUUUAAUGAGUUUCCAUCCCUUCAAGACUUCACCAGUCACCUGGCCAAUCAGCCACUGCUGGGCAGUGAGUCAGGGAACCUGAUUGUGCUGCGGUUCCCGUACCCCCGCCAGGUGGAGGAGCCAUCCAUUUACGAGUCUGUGUGUGUGCACACAGCUAUACAGUCAGGACGCAGUGAAAGAGACUUGGUCCCCAGUGCUCCAUCACUUGGCACAAAAGAGGGCUAUCUGGUGAAACAAGGAGGCAUCGUAAAGAACUGGAAACAAAGAUGGUUCACACUGAACAGAAAUGAGCUAAAGUACUUCAAAGACAAAAUGUUUCCAGAACCUAUUAGGACCUUGGACCUGAAAGCAUGCUCUGCCGUUCAGUUCGAUUACAGCCAGGACAGGGUUAACUGCUUCUGUCUAGUGUUCCCUGAGAGGACGUUUUAUUUGUGUGCAAAAUCAGGUGUGGAGGCUGAUGAAUGGAUAAAGAUAUUACGAUGGAAAUUGUCACAGAUAAGGAAAGGAAGAUGAUGUCCAGAAUGUGGAAAAGAAGAAAAGGAACUACUGGGAUUGUGAGCUAUGAGGGCAGUUAGGAAUGAUCUAAUAGGAGGAACUUUGGUCUUUGCUUACUGCUAUAGGUUUCUAUUUGCUCCUGUGGCUAAUGUAACCUUUAGUCAGGGCAUCACUGAGCAAUGUGAAGACUGUGUCUAUCUCAGAUGUGACUCUGGAAGAAAGACCGGACGUUCUGUUACACACACCGUAUAUGGAGAUGGUGCAUUCCAGUGAUUGGGUGAAGGAAGACAUUUGGGCCCAAUGGCAUUUACAAACUGAAGUCAUUAAUGGUGUUACUAAGUAAGCUUGUAGUCCACAGCCGCAUCAGUGCAAUGCAUUGCAAGGUGUUGAUACAAUACUAAAACCCUGAAUGGAAACAGGAAUUUAACUUUUACUAAGUAAGAAAUAUAAAGGUGCCUACAUUGUUUGCUUCUACCUCAUUAAAUGGUUUUAUUUUCAGUCCGCUCCGAAAGUAUUGGAAUGACCAGGCUAAUUCUUCUUUCGUAACUAAAUUUGUUAAUCAUGGAAUCUUGUCACACAUGGAACCUUUUGUUUGAACCCACCCAUUUUUUUUUUUAAAUGAUCAAUCAAUCAAUAUGACAGGUCUUUCUUGUUGCCCAGCUGUUAGAUUCAGUUUUUAAACAAUUAAUAGCUCUGAAUGUCUGGUCUUGGUUGAUGGGUUCUGGGUUCUGCCUGUGAGUACCGCAUUUGUUGUUAAAUAGGAUAAAUCAGCAUGAAGACCAGGGAGCUGUCUUUGGAAGAGCAAGCAAUGCAAUCAUUGUGAGAGCUGAGAAGAAAAAACCCCACAACAGUCCAAAGUAAUGGAAAGGUCAAUGUCCAAAACAACUACUUCUUCAGGUGGGAAAAGUGAACGGUUUUAGACAGGGCCGUAUCAGACACCAGGGCUUAACCCAAUUGAGCAGCAUUUCAUGUCCUGAAGCGUGAGACCCCCCAAAACAAUCAACUGGAAGGAGCUGACAUAUACAGUAAGCCUGGAAAAGCUUCACAAAAGGAGAAUUCCUCGGUUUGGUCAUGUCAGUGGGUCUUUGGCUUGAUGCAGUUAUUUCAAGUCAAAUAUAUACAACCAAAUGUUGUUUUAGUUACUUUACGUCUAUUGGUCCUUAUACCUUUGUUCACCUAGUAAUAGAGUGGACUAACACUAAAGAUGCCAUGUUCAGAGUAGAUGUAAAUAUCAGGAAAUAAAAGUUGAAAUCUCAAACCCAAAUGUCUUCAGUGUUGCAAAAACAAAAGAACUGGCCUUUAUACUGUAUUGGUAAACACAGAACAUGAGGAAUGGACAGAUUUUAAACACCAUCAAACUACAACUGGAAUUUUAGACAACAGUGACUUUCAACUUUUAUAUUUUUGUUACAUUAGAAGAAUCCCAGAAGAUAUAUUUAACCCAUAAUAUCUGCUAAAAUGUCCAACACGUGGAUCUAUAAUGAUAUGAACAAUCAUAAGUCCCAAUAUGAGUCAUUAGUUAAGUUAUAAUCGCUUUUAUGUAGGAACAUGGGGCUAUUUUACCGGAUCAGAUGCACCAAACAGUGCUGUUCCUUAUAGCUGUUGCUAAAUUCAAUAGUUGCUUUAACACGAGGAAGUCAAACGCUUUACAUGAUCUCUUUACAGAAUAUUCUAGAGAACAGUGUGUGAAGUAGAUUAAUAUCCCCUUUAUUCAUGAGACAAUGGUUAAUAUUUGAAUUAUGCAAUAAGUUUGGGCUGAACUUUUUUGUUCAACAUAUCAGCCUGCAACCUUUACAGCAUUUUAUUAGACAUCCUUAUCCAGAAUGAUAAUUAUUUAUCUUAUUUAUACAAAACGAGUUGUGUUAUCCACCAACAUUUGUGUUGCGCAUGUCAGGUGGCAUGACCUGUAUUCAUUUGGCUUCCUCAGAAAACUCUAAAAAUAAACAAAUAAUUGGGUUUUGUACACCAAAGUCAUAAACAAAUUUAUUAAUUAGAAGAAAAAUCUAAAAUACAACCAGACAGUGUUACAUUCAAAAGAGAAACAUACAGCAUCAUGAGCAAUUGACAUGAAAUCCAGGUUCACAGCCAACAUCAAUGUCCAAGGUGCAUGUGUGUGUCUUGAUCCGAUCCAGGUAGUUAUAUAGUUAUGCGGUAGUUAUAUAACUGUCUGCCUUCUAGGCAACCUCAACCACCUGUCUUAGUUCCUCAAUCAGUGGAACAAGCUCCUUCUCCAAACUGAUGAUCAAACCUAAAAAUAACAUGAAAAAACUGAAUCACCAAAUGAUGCAAAUAUCAGUGUGCAUUAAAAAUGGACUGUAUUUUAGAGGUCUGCGAGUUAAAAGCAAUCUCUCUAUUAAUACCAUGUAUUUUCCAGGCAGUUUGUAAGCUGAAGUUGUAAAGUGUUCACAAAUAAAAUAUGUAUCUGCCUCA